ACACACACACACACACACACACACACACACACACACACACACACACACACACACACACACACAGGCUGGAUGUUUGUAUUGAUUUAUGACAGAAAAGCCCAAUCACUUUCUCUGCAAUCAAUCUCAGCAACAGACUGAACCCUCCUUAACUAACAGGAAUCCUCUCAUUUCCAGGAAAAAUUUUGUUUUCAUUUUGACCCGCCAAAAUAAAACACAAAAAUAAAAUGCAGAAAACACUUGGAUAAAUUAUAAAAUAAUUUUAUUUUGAAGUUUCUCCUAAGAGAGUACAAGAAUAUAUCUGGUUUUUCUACAAGAAAAGACUUUUUAUUUUCACACUGAAUUAUUGUUAAAUCAGAGCACACACUCUGUCCUUCACACACAGUCACACACACACACACACACACACUCUCGGGGCCUUUGUAAAAGGCAGCAGACAUGAUGAGUGAAGGUCAGUCUCACUCAGAAAACAUGAAGUUGUCCUCAAAGUUUACAGCGAGCAUCAACAGAGCACAACCUGAGCAGCUUCAACAUGAAGUAACACCAGCUCACUUCCUCUGUCCUUUCAAAAUAAAGGACCGGUUCAUGAAGGAAAUGACAGCAGUCCCGCGGUCUGUUGAUGAAGAUCCUCCAUCACCAUCCUCAGUUCCUACCACGGCCUCCACACGUCUCUGUGGGGACUGCACGGCUGCUUUUCUGCAGGCUGAGGAGGUGAGGAAGAGGAGCGCGGCGCGGGCUCGGAGUCCCGGCCUCCUCUGUGCAGCAGGUGGAGGUGUGGCAGCGUCAGCUCCUUCAGGGGGUCCGAGGACAGGAAGUGCAGCGUCUCCUUCCAGCAGCGGGAGUAGCCGUGGCUCUGCGGGCUCUGAGGCUGCAGCUGCUGCUUGAGGAACACCACGGUCAUUUCCAGCACGUCGGCCUUCUCCAGCUUGGCGUUGGGAUCCUGUUUGUGGAACUCCUUCUCCAGCAGCACCUUGAGCUGCUCGAUGCAGCUGUUGAUGCGAUCUCUGCGCAGCUUCUCCACCAGAGGUUUCCUCAGCUGGAGGAGAGAGAGAGGAAGAGGUCAGGUCAGCCAAAGGUGGAGAGAGAAAAGAGGAGAGGAGAGAGGAGGGAGAGAGGAAGAAAGGGAGGGAGUUCAGAGAGGAGGACUUACUUUGUGUCUGUCUUUGGAGGAGAGCUGGGAGUGUGUGGAGGAGCAAGGAGCCAUGGAGGAGCAGAGAGGAGCUUCAGUGGAGCUUGAGCAGAGUGAGCUGUGAGGAGAGCCAGGAGCCCCCUCCUCUAUUUAUACAUGCACACACAUUAACAUGACAAAGACAGGAGGCCCAGGCUGCAGCAGCUUUCCCACACUCACAGCACACACACACACACACACACACACACACACACACACACACACACUGAGAGGAGUGUUUUUUAUGAUCUGGGAACCUUCCUGCUGCAGAUGUUUGGUCCUGAUGAGGACAGUAAACACAUAAAGAUAAGAGCUCAACACUGGCUGCACCUCACUUUAUCUGCUCUUCACACACACACACACACACACACACACACACACACACACACACACACACACACACACACACACACACAGAAACUGAAAUAUCAUUAAGACAGAAUCAAAUCUGUUUAUCACUGAAUGAAACUUUCUGAGAGAAAACAGUGACGAGGAAACGUUGAUCCAACAGAGAACAUUAGAAAUGCAAAAGUCUAAAUAUUCAUCUUAAGAAUUUUAAAGUAAAUGCAGUAAGAUAAUUGUGUUCACAGAAAAUGUCACACAGAGCUGUACAUUGUUUCAUUGAGGACAAGUAGGCAAGUGCAACUGGUCAUUGUGGAAUUAAAAUGCGCAUAAAAUAAACGUGGCAUUUUCUAAUACGAGAAUAUUUCUUCUUCAGUCCUGACAGUUUCAAUGAAACAUUAAAAGUUUCAUAUUUUGGAUGGUCACUCUAGAGUCAGUUGUCUAAGGCUGCAGUAAUGUACAUUUUUUCUUAAUUUUUCAUAUUAAUGCUGUUGCAUCCCAACAUAAAACACAAGCAUCUUAAAAUCGAGCAUUGUGUAAAAAAGUAAAGUUAAAAAUAUAUAUAAAUAAAAAUAUUUGUAUGUAUCAUCAAAACAUUUAACAAUAAAAGUUCAUAGUUGUGUCUUCUCACCUUGUGCUCAAAGUUUUAUUUUUAGAAGAAUGAUCCUGUCUUGGCAGUUUCAACAAAAACAAACCUGCAGAUUCAAUCAGUCCAAGUGCUCAGGUUCAGCUGACUUUUUGAAAUUGUGGGCUGUGUUUAUGCAAGAUGGAAACAUCUAGUUUGACACCUUUAAAACAAAAACGAUCAUAUCAUGAAACAACGCAGUAAAAAACACGCUACAACUGUUAAUACCAGGCUUUCUCACUUAUCAAAUUAAACAACAAGAUUUUAAGACCUUAACCAGUCUUACUUCUCUGAGCUUACUUUAGACUUAUCAGAGUUCCCUGAACAGCCAUUUUAUCAGGCCCUGUUUCCUGGUGUGUGACCCUGCUGCACUUUGUCAUUGAAUGUUUUACUUCUAUGCGAACCCCUGUGGUGUCACUCUGAAGUUUCUAGAGUAAAUCUGACAUUAGAAUUUCCUCCAUUUUAUCAGGAGUGGGAAAUUAUCUGAUUUUAUUGAUACUGAGGCCUUUCUUCUUUGCAUAUUAAUUUAUUUACUCUUUUAUCAAUUCUUAAGUAAGGUAAUUUAUUUAUUUAUUUUUUGUUUCAUCAACACAAAUUUCAUUUUUCUGCUGGGAUAGGGAAGCCUCACUGGGCCAUUACAGGUCAGCUGAUACACAGCCUCUGACUGAGGGACAAAUCAAAGAUGGUAUCCUUCAAUUAUAGAAAAAUGUUGUCAAUAUUUUGCUAAAAUUAAUCUAUAAAUAAUCACAGAUUAUCUUUGUUUUCCGAGGGAUUGGAUCUGGACAGUUUCUGAAAUACUCUGAUCUUCUAUGCGGGGUCGAAAAACUGCUGAACUCUUGGAUGUCAAAGAUAUAAAUAGAGUUUAUUGCUGGAAAGCUGCCGGUCUCACAGAGAGAGUGGAUUUGAUUGUAAACUGGUGCAUACUGUUCUUGCUUCUUAGACCGGAUAUUUUAGGCACACCAGGUUUGGGUUGAAUGAGACAGCAUUUUGGACUUUUUUUUUUCUCUGCCAUUAUUUCUUCUUCGGCUGUAGUUCCUGCUGGUUGCUUCUUAGGGGCUGUCAUUGUUUGGGGUCUAAGUUGAAGCCAUGGAUAAAGGAACCAUUUGGCCUCACAUCAAAUGAUGUUAAGGGAUGGAACUCACUGGAACUGAUUCUGAUCUGACACCCGAUUUUAUUUUCCAUCUCUUGGUUUGUCUUUUAUAGACCCCACUUGUCUGCAUUUAUUGUUACCUGUGUAUGGUGUUGUGUAAUGUACAUUUGAAGAUUUUAACCACUGCUACCUGUUGUUCUCAUCUAUCAGGGUGUAACACAGUGAUCUCUGAGUAAAUCCACCCCUGAGUCAGUCUGUCUGAGUCAGACGAGACAGACGGCACACUUCCACCUCCACCAUAAACCGUCUCUCUCUAAACCCCCAACCAUCACACAAACACCCCUCACCCCGCAGUGUAUGAAGCCCCCCUAUACCAUCCCUCUACUGCUGUCUACGUGAACAGGGCCUGCAAUAGCACCAGGUAGACAGUGCUUAAAAAAAGGCAGAUAAAAAGUUAAUAAAAACCUUGUUGUGUUUUGUAUUGUAUUAACUUUGAUAUCUGACAGUGUUUGCCAUAAAAAUGAAUCACACUCCAGCUGAGGUUUGAUAAGGUUUCUUUACUGUUUUCAGAUUUUUACCAAUCAGAUAAAGACAGUGGAAUUUAAGUCAACUUUCACAUUAACUAUAUUAAAUAGUGUUGAAAAAAUAGAGACGCAUAAACCCCUGAUUUCAGAGUUUAAUUUCUUUCUAAGUCAGCUUUUUAUGAUUGAGCUGAAAAAGACUUAAACCAUAAUGUUACAUUUGUAUGACCAAGUUUUAAUCUCAUGAGAAAAUGACUCAAAGUUUUUAAAAUCUUUCUCAAAGUUUCUAAAUCUUAAAUGAUUAAUCUUUCACUUGUUCUCAUUGCCUUUUAAUUUCAACCAAUAAUAUUUUAAUGUCAUGUUUAAUGCCCAAACAUAUUUUAUUUCCACUCGUGUCUCAUCAGUCUUGACUUUAAAAUUCAUGCUGUUUUGUAGUAUUUUUCAUGUUUAUCGUUAUUAUGCUAAAUGUUGAGUUUGUAUUUAACGUGCUGUAGGCUACAGGAUUUCUUUAUGUUGUUGUUUUUGUUGUUGCAUGUUUCCCGUCGAGUGGCGCGUGGAUGUCUCCCACAGCAACAGCUCAGUGUGAGGCUGUUAGCUGCUUCCUGCUGUCACCUCGUGCCCGCCGUCACGUGACUCGCCGUGAACCAUUUGAGGCAUCAUUCUGAUACAUCUGUUUGUGUGUGAGCGUGAGGAGUCUUUGAUGUUUGCGUGGACGUGAGAACGUCAGGUGGGAGGUGUGACAGCACGUGACAGAGCGUGGCACACUUCAGAUCAGAGAGGAGGAGGAGGAAGUGCAGGAGGUGUCUCAGACAGGACGCUGUCUGUGUCUGGUUUUAUGACUUUUACGGCUGCGGACUGUGGGAAAGUCUUAAGUGUGAAGAGUCCACGCGGACCGGAGCCCCCUCAGCAGUAUAAAUAAGACCCGGGAUCAGCAGAGACCCACACAGACCCACACAGACCCACAGAGACUGAACCAUGGCUCCUGUAACCCAGAACAGACCUGAAGAGAAACCUGAGGACCCUAACAGCUCCAACAAGGUGAGGACCGAAAACCUUCUUCUCCUUAUUCUUCAUCAUCAUCAUCAUCAUCAUCAUCUUCUUCUUCUUCUUCAGUAUCUCACGAUGUCUUUUUUUCCUUUACAGCUGCGUAAACUGAUGGUGGAGAAAGUGCGGAGAGACCGGAUCAACCACAGCAUCGAGCAGCUCAGAGCGCUCCUGAACCCGGCGGCCCCCCCGGGAGAAGAGCCCUCUUCCCGGCUGGAGAAGGCGGACAUCCUGGAGCUGGCUGUGGGGCUCCUGAAGCGGCGCGCUCUGGCCCGUGUGGCCCCCAGUUACUCUCAGGGCUUCUCUCAGUGUCUGCAGGAGACCCUGCGCCACUUGUCGCUCCAUGCGCCCCUAAAGCCCGCAGAAAGAGAGGAGAUCAAACGCUUCUACGUGCUGCAGAGAGCGGCGCUGCAGCGGCACGUAUGCGGCGAGCAGAGGCGGCGGAGCGCGGCGCGGAAGCGUUCAUCUUUACGUUCCUCUGCGCGGAAUGACGGCACUUUGUGGAGGCCGUGGUAGUUUGGACUUUCUCUGAUUCAUGUUCGCUUUCUAAUUUCAUGGACAAGCUGACAGGCUGCGCGCGCACACACACCUGGAUCUGCGUGCAUGACGCAAACUUUGCGCGUGAGUUUGGAGCUUUGGUGUGUGCAGUUGUGCAAUAUUUGCACAUUUUUACAAAUUCGAGGUUAUUUUUCUACUGUGUAGACAAACAGGAGGGAGCGCAGGCUUUCUGUGAAGGCUGCACGUGCUCCUCCAAUCGAUUGUAAUUAGUCUGUUGUGUCUUGAAGUUAUUAAAUCAAUAAAUAUUAUUCAUAUUAUUACUCAAAUAUCUCUGGUGUUUUUAAUUAGGUUUCUUGUCUGUUGCGUAUUCAUUCUUUCAUAAAGUUCUCAGCAAUCAUUGUCAUGAAAAUGUUCCUCGUGUAGCCUAUUAGGUCAGCCUGGCGCUCGCUCACCAACAGGAAUUGCAUCACGAGCGCCCUUUGGUGGUAUGAAAGCGACACAGACAGACAGACGGUUCACUUUCAGGCUGAACCCCAGUUUCCUCUCUAAACCCUGAGUCCUAAAACCCUAAACCUUGAGUCCUGAGUCAUUGAGGACUAAACUGACAUCUACCGAAAAGUGAGUGAGCAUGUGAGGUUGUCAAGGCCUGAAAUGAAAUUAUAAAGGGACAUCACAUAGAGACUUCUCACAAACACUAACAGAAUAACAUCAUAUGAGCAUCCUCUGCAUCGUCACUUUGACCUCAUGCCAUCAGGCCGCAGAUACAGAUUACCCAAGUGGAAGAGGGUUCAGUUUAGUAAGAGUUUCAUCCCAACAGCCAUCGCCACAGUAAACAAGCUUAAACUGCCUCACCGCUAGGAAGGUCUCUGUGUAUUCUGGGGGGGUUCUCAUGGCCUGUCCUUGUAAUAUGUUUUGUGUCAUAUGGUAUAUGUUGUCUGUACUCCUGUUUUGUGUUAGAAUAAGACCUGUGAAAGCAA